CACUCUUUCUUUCUCUCUGACAAAUCUUAAUUUAGGGAUUAUGGAUCGAUUACUGUGCUUGCCUGCUUCCUACUCUCUCCCUUUAAUCACUCCCUCUCAUGCUUUCCUUCCAUCAUCCUUUUGUCGUCUUUUAUUGCCCUCUUUCUCCUCACUCAUUUAAUAAUACAAUAAAUAAUUAAUAAAUAUUUAUAUAAUAAAAGUUAAGGGAAAAAUAACAUAAUAAAUAAAAGAAGGGAGGAAGGAAGAAGAAGAUAACCAUCAUCAUAUUCAUAGUUGGAAACGGUUCUCCAAUCAAACCCUCGAUUUCUGACGUACCCACCCCAAUUUGAAUCCAGGGAUCCCUUUCGGGUGUAAUAGCUUGAUUCUGAUGCAAGGUCAAAGAAGGACAACUGGAUCAUUCCCUGCUAUUGUUGGUAUGAUGCAAGGGCCUAACUCGAGCGGCACUGAUAUGAAUCAUCAGUCUUCCUUGAAUCAUGUGCAAAGUACCGUAGAUUUCCGGUUGUCAGAUUAUAGAGGGUCCACUGGCGAGACUGCUUGUUUACGAGCUACUGGUCCUAACGUACAGAGUUUUAGUGGCUGGAAUACUGGUGAACCGAGUUCUAGACUGAAUCUGAUCAACCAAGUCAAUGAUGAAGGUCUAAAAUCUGAACAUGGUCCAUCUUCAUCAUGUAGUGCUACUGCCGAGGAUGGUCUCAGAACAGAGGAAAGGUCAUUUGAAUCAAAUAAUAUGAUUUUUCCAGUUAGUUCAAAUACUAAUCUACAUGGAAAUCAUUCUAGAAUUCAGCCUUCUUUUUUGCGAGGAUCCAGCUCCAGUCAUAUAACCCAGAAUGGUAAUCUAGAUAUGGAGCACACAGCACAAGCUGCUAACCGUGGGAAAGGCAUAGCAGCAAGUAGCAGUGUGAAUCACAAUGAUAGUGGUGGAUAUGAUAGAGAGCAAACAGCAUUCAGCAGUGCUUCAUAUAAUCGUCAUACUGGAACUUCAUCCGAAAACCCUGGAUUCAUGACUUGGGGAAAUAGUGGCAGUUCAAGUUCCGCUUUAGUUAAUUGGGGUUCUUCCUGCAAGAGAAAGGCCCUUGAAGGUAGUUCUGGUCAACUGUGUACUGGAGGAAGCUCAAACUCUCUUUUACAAUCCGAAAAUGGAUGUUGGCCCACUAAUCCUGUUGAUCUUAAUGUUUCAAGCAGUUUAAAUGUUUCAAUGCCCUUAGAGGAUGUUCCUGUCACUCUUCCUCCAUUACAGCUGAACUUGAGAAGUGAAGUGAGCCAAGGAGCAACUGAUGCAUUUCCCUUAAUAAAUGUCCCAGAAAAUGUGGAAAGGCCUCUCAGAAACUUUGAUAGGAGAAUGGCCCAUGUACAGCAUCAGGAAUCUAUACCUCUCAAUUUACCAUCAACAGUGAGUUCUAGGCAUCAUAAUCAUUCUUCUCCCCAUCAAAUACCUGGCUCCCACUCAUUUAAUGAUUCUUUGGAAUUGAGGUUAACGCCUGGAGUAAAUGCUGCUAAUUCUGGUGCUCCUCAGAACCAGUCACCUCCCCUUAACAUGCCUCCUUUUCCUUGGAAUAGAGCUUCUAACCCUAGAGGGGCUAGAUCUUCAACUUCUCAUAACUCUGUAGAAAGAGUCGUACAGGAAGAUUUUAAUAUAAGAAUUUUUCCAAGAGAGAGUUCUGGGCACCCGACGAAUGUACCUGCACCCACAGUACAUGAAACAACACCAUGGCGUACAUCCUCUGCUAAUGCAAACAAUUCUGGAGGUGUACCUACUACAUCUUGGAUGGGAUCUAGUUCAAACAUCGUUCCAUUACCUAAUCCCAGCUGGAUUGUUAACCCUGAAGUCCCUACAGAUAAUCUGCAAAGAUUGUCAGAGUUCAGUCCUUGGUCUCUUUUUCCAUCAAUUAGCUCAGCAUCCAGUGUUCAGAAUGGUCAUUCUGCUCCAUCCUCUUCAGGAUCUUCUUCUAUUACUCAGGGGUCCCGCAACAAUCAACCAUAUCUAAGAGCAGCAUUGUUGAUGGAAAGGAGGGGUGGCGAUGUACUCUCUACUCCGCGAGCAUUAACCGUUGACAAUGAGGGAAGACGCCGACUAAUAUCUGAGAUUCGCCAAGUCUUGAUUGCAAUGCGGAGGGGUGAUAACUUAAGGGCUGAGGAUUAUAUGCUUUUUGACCCUUUCAUAUAUCAUGGGAUGGCUGAACUGCAUGACAGGCACAGAGAAAUGCGCCUUGAUGUUGAUAACAUGUCUUAUGAGGAAUUGUUGGCAUUGGAGGAGCGAAUUGGAGAUGUCAGCACUGGAUUGAGCGAGGAUGUCAUUUUGAAGUCGAUGAAACAGCAAAUAUACAUGUCUGUUAUGGCGGAGUCUUCUACAGAUCUUGAGCCUUGUUGUAUCUGUCAGGAGGAUUAUACUGAAGGAGAGAAUGUUGGCUCGCUAGAUUGUGGACAUGAAUUUCACAGUAAUUGCAUCAAGCAAUGGCUAAUGCAGAAGAACCUUUGCCCCAUUUGCAAAACAACAGGCUUAGCUACAUGAUAGGGGGAGCCUCUAUGGCUCUAUCAUGUGAGCCUGGAAGGAAAUUUCCCUAUUGUGUCUAAGUUUGAUCUUUAUAUGGCUCUAUCUAUGACUUGUUUACCGUCAUGAACUUCCUCUUCCUUAUGAGGACUUGACCUCUCCUUUGUCAUCGUUUGGGAGAGGGAAAAAAAAAGAAGAAAAAAAGACAAGAAAAAUAGUAAUCAAGAAACAUUGGUGGGUGACUUAUAAUAGUUUCGUUUAUACUGUCGUAAUGGAUUAUUUUCAUGUCAUUUAUGAUAGCAACAAGCACUUGAAUUUUAUUUAAUUUCAACAUAAAUUUAAGACUGGUGGCUGCCAAGAGUAUUAUUAUUAAGUGAUUAGUGAUUGCCUUUAGUUGCUUGCAAAAUAUUUGUUACAAUACCUGGUAAUUCUAUUCUGUUAGUUUCACCUAAUGCUUGUUUGAACUGACUCAAUGGAGAUUAGUUACGAAGUGAGGAGCUAGUACUUUUGGAUUAA